AGAUUUUCAGCGAAAUGGUUUCAGCGCAACUCUAGCACGACCAAAUUGGCACAAAAAAUUGGUUUCAUCGGCGACGGCAACAUGGCGAAGGCGAUUUGCAGAGGAAUCAAACGAAAAGGCUUGAUAGAUUAUUCCCAAGUGUACGUAUCCAGUCCUUUCAUAAAAAACCUGGACAGUUGGAAGGCGUUGGGAGCCAAUGUUUUCACCAAUAACGCUUUGGUCGUAGAGCAAUCAGAUGUAAUUUUCCUCGCUGUAAAACCUCACGUAUUUUGCCAAGCCAUUGAACAAAUCGAAAGCAAUUCGGACAAGAACAGCACGAAGAACAAAUUGUUCAUCUCCAUUAUAGCCGGGCUGACUACCAAUAACGUUGAAAAGGUGCUUCAGAGUUUCGAAGGCAGCAGAAUCGUCAGGAUUAUGCCCAAUACACCGAUGCUCAUCGGAGAAGGGUGUUCCGUGUACUGUCCGGGUAGCAAAGCCACAAAAGAAGAUUUGGAUCUCGUCGAGACCAUUCUACAAUCCACCGGAAUGUGCCAACUGCUACCCGAGCACAUGAUCGACGCCGUGAUGGCGGUGUCUGCGAGCGGACCUGCAUUCGUGUACAUCUUCAUCGAAGCGCUGUCGGACGGGGGCGUGAGGAUGGGGUUGCACCGAGAGAUGGCCACCAAAUUCGCCGCUCAAAUGGUGAUGGGAGCCGCUAAGAUGGUACUAGCUACUGACAAGCACAUGGGUACUCUGAAGGACGAGGUUUGUUCGGCCGGCGGCGCUACGAUAGCGGGGGUACACGCCAUGGAAAAGGGGAGAGUUAGAGGUGCUAUAAUGGAUGCUGUGCAAGCGGCGGCUCUUCGAGCAGCGGAACUGAACGAGAGGAGCAAAAAACUAUAG